UUCCUGCUGAUGGCCCGCAUAUUAUCACAUCUGGUGAUAGGUGUUAUAUUCGGUUAUCUAUACAUAAAUGUCGGCGAUAAAGCCAAUACGGUAUUGGGUAAUUAUGUGUAUUUAUAUGGUUCGACACUGCUAUUGGUCUAUACAGGAAAAAUGGCUGUGGUGCUGACUUUUCCCCUCGAAAUUGAUAUGCUGUCGAGAGAACAUUUUAAUCGUUGGUAUAAUCUGGGGCCAUAUUUCCUGUCCUUGCUAUCAUUCGAAGUACCUUUCCAGUGUAUUUGUGCGGUCAUUUAUAUGGGCAUCAGUGUUGUUCUCACCAACAAUGAUAAAAGUGAUAGCUUCCGGGUCAUGUAUUUCAUAUUGUUCGGAGUGAUGGUGACAUUGAGUGCCCAGUCGUGGGGUUUCUUUGUGGGUGCCACAUUGCCAACGAAGAUUGCUGUCUUCCUUGGACCCAUCUUGGCGGUAUUGUUCUCUGUGUUCGGUUUCUGUACCCGUUACAUCGACAUAACCCCUCUGCUACGAUGGAUGUGGCACAUUAGCUAUUUUCGGGCUGGUUUUCAUGGUGCCAUCAAUGCCAUUUAUGGCAUGGAUCGCAGUACCCUACCAUGUCCCGAUGAAAUUAUGUACUGUCACUUUCGUAAUCCGAAAAUAUUUCUGGACUUUAUGAUGAUUUCGGAUGUCAGUAUGACCUAUUGUGUUCUGCUGAUGUGUGCGGUUAUUGGCAUUAUGCAUCUACUGACGGUGCUGACUCUGUGGCAUAAAUUGAACAAACGUUAA